UUAAAUAUAGGAAGGUGCGUAUAACACUGUUGAUAUCAUGCAGACCAAGUUUAUCCUCCCAGAUAGUGGAGAAAAGUGGGUGAUCCAAGCAAUUCGGGAUGCUUGGAAGCGGUUCAAGGGAAAGAUUAAGCAGAAGCACUUUGUUCCCUUUGAUACCAUCGAAGAUAUGGUGAAAAAUCGACCGACACAAGUUCCAGAAAGUCAAUUCAUAAAAUUGAUCUAUUAUUGGAGUCAUCCUACAAUCCAGCGCGCGACAAAGGAAACAAAUGAGGAACCAAAAAGGUUUGAAAUGUUCCUUGCUACUCGAACAAGUCGGAAAAGGAAGGAAGUUGAUCAGGAAACACAAGAUGCAAUUGAUGAAUUCCAAAACCGGCAAGCUGCUGGUGAAACAGAUGAGGAAGCUUUUGAGUCUUUAUUUGGAAAAGAACAACCAGGUCGGGUUAGGUGCUAUGGAAGAUCAGUUACACUAAGUGACUUAAAAAAGUAUGCAAAAAUUUCUGAACUCAAGCAACAGCACCAAGAGGAAGUCACAUCUUUGAAGGCUGAACUUGGAGACAUGAAGGCCAAACAGCAGCACCAAGAGGCUGACCUUCAUGGAUUGCGAAAUAUGAUUAAGUUACUAGUUCAGCGAUCUGAACCUGGAAUGAGGCCGGAAGAAAUUGAAGCUUUGUUACAAGAUGCCCAACACUCUCCAAUUGAUGCAAAUAGCGCUCAUGGAUCAACACAUAUUCCAAACAUAAAUAUGGAUAAUUCUGAAGAUGCGAGUGAAGAUUGAGAUGCUUAUCAUGAUGGUUUAUUGACGAAUAUGGAAAUUGAAAGAUGUAUGGUUGAUGAUGAUGUCUUUUAUUAGAAGCUAAGAUACAUUUAUAUGAUAUAAUAUUUUGAUUUUUCCUAGUUUAUUAGUAGUAAACUCUAAGUGCAUUAUAUGAGUAUACUUAUUCUAGUUUGA